CACUAUAACAGUCUUAUGUAGCCAAUCACUGGCAAAUUACUCCAAAAAUAGAAUAAUUAAAAUCUUUUUAUGUAAUACAUACUUAAGUUAAUCGUACUAAUAUGUAGAAAAAAACUUAAUUGUUAUUCGGAUUUUUCUUUUAGAAAAAGACCGAUAGAAAUCGGCAAGGGCAUAGAUAAGUUAAUUGAGCCAAAUGUUGCAAUAAGCAAAAUUGCAAGCACAGAAAAAGACUACGUCUAAAUGGAAAACGUUUUAUCUUAACUUGAAUGUGCCUUCUCAUAAGGCAUUGGAAAUAUCUAGAAUUAUCAUAAAUGUAUCUAUGAAGGUAACAAAAUAUAGUAUUGUUAAAUGGAUUAGUCUGUGAAAGCUAGCGCGCGCACAUUUAAAAAAAUUGCGAGUUACGGAUAAGAUGCGAGACAAGCCUCGAGCGGGCACAAGGCAGUAGUGAUAACCCCUGCACAUCGGCUGAGACCUCCGACAUCGUCAGCCGCAAGUGAGACCCUUUUGCGACGCGUCUCGCGUAAUCUAUAAAGCCGACCGGGACACACAAAAGAAACAGUCCGCACUCGAUCUCGGCCGAUGAUGCUUUGUUAAUAAACGAGAUUUUUUUUUAAUAUAAAAUAAUCACUUGCAAUGUCACACCGUAAAGCACUAAGACAGUGAAUUUAGAGCGAAUAAUUUAAAAAUCCCACCACUUUGUAUGCGCAUGCGUUUGGACUGCGCUGUGAUUGGACGUGUAGAGGAACGUACCGAAAAAAAAACAUGAGUGUAACCAGUAAUUGUGUCAGUCGCUCGACGUGCAAUAGCAAGGGCAGCAUGAUUGUUGUGUCGAAUCGCCUGCCUUUUGUGUUAAAGAGAAAUGACAAAACUGGUGAAUUAGAGAGAAAAGCCAGCGCCGGCGGUCUCGUUACCGCUGUAGCGCCGGUUGUGAUACGCGGGAAAGGCAUCUGGGUGGGCUGGCCUGGCAUCCACCUCGACAACCCUAAUGAAAAGAUACCGGAAUCCGACCCUAAUGAUAAGACACCCACCGCAGGAUUACUGUCUAGUAAGAGUACAGCUCUAUGGAUGGAUAGAUGGAUGUUUGAUAGUUACUACAACGGAUGUUGCAAUGGCACCUUCUGGCCGCUGUUCCACUCGAUGCCGGAUCGCGCGACCUUCAUCGGCGACAACUGGAAGGCGUAUAUCAAGAUCAAUGAGGAGUUCGCGGACAAGACGGUGCAUGCUUUGCAUCUGCUGCAACAGGAGAGCAAAGACAAGCCAUGCUCGCCCCCCAUCGUCUGGGUGCACGACUACCACCUUAUGCUUGCCGCUAAUUGGAUCAGGCAGCGUGUGGAAGAAGACGAUUUAAAAUGCAAGCUAGCCUUCUUCCUCCACAUACCAUUCCCGCCGUGGGACAUAUUUCGUCUAUUCCCUUGGUCCGACGAGGUCUUGCAAGGCAUACUAGGAUGCGACAUGGUCGGUUUUCACAUUACCGACUACUGCUUAAACUUCAUUGACUGUUGCCAACGAAACUUGGGUUGUCGUGUGGACAGAAAGAACCUGCUGGUGGAGCUCGGCGGCCGGACCAUCUGCGUGAGGCCGCUGCCCAUCGGCGUGCCCUUCGACAGAUUCGUCCAACUGGCACAGAACGCCAAGGCGGUCCUGUCGACCAGUCAGAAAGUCAUCCUCGGAGUCGACAGACUGGAUUACACCAAGGGUCUGGUUCAUCGACUGAAAGCGUUCGAACGGUUGCUGGAAAAGCAUCCCGAACACAUCGAGAAAGUCGUCCUGCUGCAAAUCUCGGUGCCGUCGAGAACCGACGUCAAGGAGUACCAGGAUCUCAAGGAGGAGAUGGAUCAGUUAGUCGGCAGGAUUAAUGGAAGAUUCACCACUCCCAAUUGGUCUCCGAUCAGGUACAUUUACGGAUGCGUGGGCCAGGACGAGCUGGCGGCGUUCUACCGCGACGCGGCGGUGGCGCUGGUGACGCCGCUGCGCGACGGCAUGAACCUGGUGGCGAAGGAGUUCGUGGCGUGUCAGAUCAACAAGCCGCCCGGCGUGCUCAUCGUGUCGCCCUUCGCCGGCGCGGGGGAGAUGAUGCACGAGGGUUUGUUCCAGGUGGGGAUAGAAGGUAUAACGUACGCCGGUAACCACGGCCUGGAGAUCCUGCACCCCGACGGCAGCAAGUUCGUGCACCCCAUGCCCAUGGAGCUGCAGGACAAAGUGGUGGACCUGCUCAAGUCGCUGCAAGAACAAGUAAAAAUAUGAUCAUUUCCUAUCUUUACC